CACUUUAAGAGAGAAACAGUUGAAUUGAAUACACUGGCUUUAAAUUGAAAAGGGGGUGGAGUCAGGUGGCGGCGGUCCCGCCCUCUGAUUGGCUGUGGGGGUCUAUUAUGAUAAUGAGGAGGGCGUGGCCUGGAGCCGGAGCCGUUGAGCUGCUGAGCGCCGCCUCAUUGUGCCGUUUGGACCCGGACUGGACGCACUGUCUCCCGGUCUCUCCCGGUCUCUCACCGGCUCCACGGCUCUCUCUCUCGCGGUGGAUUUAUAACGGAAGGUGCUCGCUGUCCGGAGGAGGAUUUCCCCGCCGGUUCGGUCCCGUUUUCGUGUGGAACUAAGCGGACCCGUUGUGGAUUAAUGUGGCGGAGUGUUCGAGCUGCUCGAGCUGCUGGAGGCUCUGGUGGAGCCGCGCGCACAGAGAGAUUUCUAAACCAGAGGAGUGACUCAGGACGGGAUCAACACGUCUUCUCUCUGAUUGGCUCUCCUGUGAAGCUGCUUGUGAUUGGACGUCCUGGAUUCAAGGACGUCUGAGGGGGUCCACCCCCGCCUCCUGACUUCCUGUUUACUUCCUGGAACACAGUGAGAACUUGCUGUCACCUGACCGGCUGGAGGCUUCACCUUUCCUUCUCAGCAGAUUUAUACACACCGACGCCCGUCAUGACCUGCUGACAUCAUCAAGCCCCGCCCCCUCCUCCUCCUCCCCUCUCUCUCUCUCACAAAAUGGCUCCGACCAGUUGGCCGUCGUCGCCGUGGCGGAGGCCACCGACGCUGCUGCUGCUUGUCCUGGCUUCCUGUUUCCUGUCCGAGUCGGCCUCGACCACGCCCUUCCCCAAAGACCUGGAGCCGAUCAACGUGGUCACCUCGGAGCAGUCGUAUCAGUUUCCAGGUUUUCAGGGUCUGCUCCAGGACAACGACACGCUGCGUCUGGGUCUGGACUUCCAGAGGCUGUUACGCAUCAACCACAUGUUGUACAUCGCUGCCAGGGAUCACGUGUUUGCAGUGAACCUGACGAAAGCUUCAGAGCAGUUCGUCCCUCAGCUGAAGCUGACUUGGCGCUCCAAAGACGUCAGCAAGUGUACGGUCAGAGGGAAGAACAGCGACGAGUGCUACAACUACGUCAAAGUGUUGGUGCCGCGGAACGACGAGACGCUGUUCGCCUGCGGUACCAACGCCUUCAACCCAACCUGCCGAAACUACAAGAUGACGUCCUUGGAGCAGGUCGGGGAGGAGGUGGUCGGUCAGGCUCGGUGUCCCUUUGAGUCGGUUCAGUCCAACGUCGGACUGUUUGCUGGGGGAGAUUUCUACUCGGCCACCAUGACGGACUUCCUGGCCAGCGACGCCGUCAUCUACAGAAGCCUGGGAGACGGCCGACCCGUCCUCCGGACCGUCAAGUACGACUCCAAGUGGCUCAGAGAGCCUCACUUCCUGCAUGCCAUCGACUACGGUAACUACGUCUACUUCUUCCUCAGCGAGAUCGCAGUGGAGUACACCGCCCUGGGCAAGGUGGUGUUUUCUCGAGUCGCCCGGGUUUGUAAGAACGAUAACGGAGGUUCUCCCAGAGUUCUGGAGAGAUACUGGACUUCCUUCCUCAAGGCUCGUCUGAACUGUUCGGUUUCUGGAGAUUCGUUCUUCUACUUCGACGUUCUUCAGUCUCUCACCAACGUGCUGCAGAUCAACCAGAGACCGGCGGUGGUCGGCGUCUUCACCACGCAGGCCAACAGUAUCCCCGGCUCAGCAGUUUGUGCUUUCUACAUGGACGACAUAGAGAAAGUCUUCAACGGGAAGUUUAAGGAGCAGCGGACCAGCGACUCAUCCUGGACUCCGGUACCUGACGAGCAAGUUCCCAGACCGAGGCCCGGUUCGUGUGCAGGUGACGGUCCGGCUGCAGACUACAAGUCGUCGGUUCAGUUCCCCGACGAGACGCUGACGUUUAUCAAGUCGUAUCCUCUGAUGGACGAAGCUGUUCCCUCCGUCAACGACCGGCCCUGUUUCACCAGGACCUCCAGCAGGUCCAAGCUGACCCAGAUUGUGGUGGAUGUGUCGGCCGGCCCCUACAAGGACCGGACAGUGAUGUUCCUGGGUUCAGACGACGGCAGAGUCUUGAAGGUUUUGGCCAGCACGCAUCCCAACGACAGCUUCGGAUCCAAACUGCUGGAGGACAUCGACGUCUACAACCCGUCCAAGUGUAACGUUCAGGGUCAGGAGGACAGGAGGGUUCUGGGAUUGGAGCUGGAUAAGGACCAUCAUGCCUUGUUCGUAGCCUUCACCAGCUGUGUCAUCAGAGUGCCGCUGAGCCGCUGCAGCCAACACGGAGCCUGUAAAAAAGCCUGCCUGGCCUCUCGUGACCCAUACUGCAUCUGGCUGCGGACCGGGAGUUGUGCCAACAUGGCGCCAGGUUUCAAAGCCGGGUUUGAACAGGAUAUCGAGGGCGACCACUCGUUUCACCCAGACAGCUGCCACGCUGAUGUGUUGGCCACCACACGGAACCAGGAGUCUGCAGCCGACUCCGCUUACGGUGUCCGUCGCCUUCCAGAGAUGGACCAGCGUGCCGGUGCUAACGUCCACUACACCCUCCUGAUCGCCUGUGUGCUGGUGGCCUUCUUCCUGGGCGCCAUCUUGUCUGGUUUCCUGGUGUCGUGUUACUGCAGCCGCAGCGCCGCUCAGCGGGCGAAGAGGCAGGGGAAAGACCCCGAGGCGUCGCUGCCGCACGCCUUGUCGUUGCGAUCCCUCGCCAAGCUCAACGGACUGAUGGACGGACAGCCGAAGGAGGACAAACUGGACGUGUCCACCCCGAAGAUGUACAGCUCCUUUAUCCCCAACGGCCGCUCGGAGCCUCACCUCCACACCCCCGGACACCAGGGCCUUCAGCUGGGAGACCCCGACCUCAGCCUCUCCCAGUCUCUGUCUCAGGCUGACGGAGAGCUGUCCGGCCUGCCCACGCCCGACUCCACCCCGGAGCUUCCCAUCAAGAACAUGAAGGCCCUGCGGCACCAUCAGUACGAGAAGAACCAGAACUGCAACAACGCCAAGGACAACAACCCCAACUCUGGGCCCAGCUGCUCGGGAUCCAGUCUGGGUUUCAUGGCCGUCGUUGGGAACUCCAUGACCCCGCAGGUGUUUCCCUUCUCUCAUCACCACGGCAACAGUUUGAUCAACGGAGCAGCCCAUGGAGCGGGUGCCUCGUCGACUUCACUGCACCUCCCCGAGGAGAGGAAGAUCUUGAAUGAUGAGCGAGCAGCAGCAGCAGCAGCAGGAGGAGGCGGAGGAGGAGGAGGAGGCGGUGGCAGUGGCGGUGGCGGUGGCGGUGGCGGAGGCGGAGGAGGAGGAGGAGGCGGUGGAGGAGUUCCCCAUCACCACCACUCCCAGCUGUCCCUCCCCCAGACGGUGGUGGACGUAUCGGCGCUGGACGAGCUGCUCAAACACAUCCAUGAGGUCAGCGCGUCGGGGACCGGGGGCAUCAAGGUCCUCACCUCAACCUCCUCGUCCUCCUUGUUCCCCGGGCCCUCCUCGUCCUCCGCUGGAGCACAUCAUCAUAAUCAUCACCAUCAUCAUCAUAAUAAUACUCCCCAAGGCCAGACCCGCACACACCACUACAACCACAGCCAUCACCAUAGCAACCACCACAACAACAACAGCAGCAGUGGUGGCGCUGGCGGUGGCGCUGGCGGUGGCGGUCACCAUCACCAGCAGCACAUCCCCGAGACAGAAUCCGCUCCGUAUUACAGCACCUCCACGCUGCCGAGAGACGGCCUCCCCAAACGCCUGGACGCUCCUACUCAGAACUCCACCUCAUCCUCCGCCUCUUCCUCCUCCUCAUCCUCCAACAACCCCACCUCCUCCACCUCCAUCCCUUCUUCCUCCUCUUCUUCCUCCUCAACGCCGCUGCAGCAGCAGGUGAUUCCAGAGAGACCCGGAGGAGACGGCAUCUCUGUGACGCGCCACCUCUCCCAGCGCCACUCGCUCAUCAAGAUGGGCAGCGGGGGCGGCGCCGUGCCGCGCCACCACAGCUUCAACCAACGAGGGGUGCAGCACGCACACUUUCUAGCCCGGAUGAACACCAACAGCAGCAGCAACGGGCCCCCGGGCACGAGCACGCCGGCUAACGAGAACACAAAUACCGACGGCGAGAGCCAGCGGCCGUCGAUCUCCAGCGCUUGCCUGACACGGCAGCACAGUUACAGCGAAGGGCCGCACGCGCAGCGAGCGGCGAUCGUCCGGAGAACAGCGUCGCUCAAACCCCAAAUCCCGCCAAAACCUCUGUUCCUCCCGAACACGGCGACAUCACCAGCAGCGGGGGCAGGAAAAUACAACUACUAGGAGGAAGUGGCGCCAUUCCAACAUGGCUGCUGCAGUCCUCACCACGCAGAGCACUCCCGAGAAUGUCUGCAGGGCUUGUGAGAAAUGACAAAAUGAGAGCAUUGAUGGGACGAAAGGACACAAAAGAGACUUCAGAGCUUUUUGUCCCCAUCACUCCUCAUUAUGACCCUUCAGUUGUGGUUCUUUUCCUGCUGAGAGGGCGCCGCCCGUCGCCUCUGAGUCAGAGCCGCCGCAUUGUAGCUGCUUGUCUCACAGAGCAAAGCCCUGAAGAGAGCCGCUCUGAGGACCGACAAACAAACAAGACUCAUUUCAUCGGGCAGGGGGGGGGGGACGCUCGCGGCAACUUUUCCCCUCACGACAUACUGCGGAUCAAAAAUCAGACGAGUCUGAGAAAACGCUCCGAAAGCAGGCGAAAGAUGUUAAUGAUUCAAAAGGAGUCCCCGAGGCUCGAGGUGGCCUGAAAAAAAAAUUGUGAUUAAUGCAGUUUUCUUAUGAGCGCUUUGAUCUAAUGUCCCCGGUUGUUGCACCUUGGCACGGGGCCCGGAUCGCAUUUGCAAAAGAUUCAAGAAAGCAGGGAAUCGGACUGCUGCAAAACCCGACAUGAACUAAAUCUGGGACCGCUGGGACGUUUUCUCCGGGACUUCUCGCCACAGGAGAAAUCAAACAAAAAUCAUCUAAUGUCAGAAACACCCAGAGGGUAAUUCCUUUCCUUUGGAAGUCUGUUUGUCUCUCUGAUUCUGGGCCAGAAAAUUGAAAUUGACGGGAGAGUUCUCUCUCUCUCUCUGCUUUUCUGUGAAAAAUACUGCAAUGAGGUUUUUUUUUGUUAUCACGUCCGACACCGACACACAUCAGCAAUGCUUCGAGGAAUGUGAGAGGAAAAAAAGAGCUUCACGAACCGUAGUAUGAAAUCAAAAAAGUCAAAAUCCAGCAGAUCCAGAUCAGAGCUCACCGUGACUGACUGAACCAGAUGAAUGUUCUUUUUUAUACCAUAUUGGUAUCUGAAACACAAACUAAGCAUUAACUGUUGUUUUGUACGGAGCCCAGUGAAGUGAUGGAGGAUUUCUGAUAAAUGAUUCCCCGCAAUUAUAAAAUUCAUUCACUCGACACUCUUUUAAUUCA